AUGUCGAAGCCGUCGUCCGCGUCGACGUCUGCGCUCUGUGCAGGCGGCCCGUGCCAACCGAGGGCUGUGCAGGAGGGGCAGGCUGCGCUGGCGGCGGCCGCGCCGGCGGCAGGCCCAGGAUCGCCGCGGCAGCCCCGGGCUCCUCACUGGGGAGGCGGCUCCUCCUCCUCGAUCUGGGCGAUGGCGCUCGCCAGCUCGGCCACGUCGUCCACGGGCGCGCGGCUCGCCCCCACCGCCAUCGGCCGCCGCGCGGCCGCGGCGCGCCCCCGGGGGGCUCGGCGGGGCGGCUGGGCGGCGGGCCGCUCC